GUUGCCUUCCUGUCAAAGCCUCAAGGCCCAGUUACUCCCAAGAAGAAGGGGAAUGGGAAUAAAAGAAGAAAAGGAAAAGGCUUGGGGAAGAAGAGAGACCCAUGCCUGCGGAAGUACAAGGAUUUCUGCAUUCAUGGUGAAUGCAAAUACAUCAGAGAGCUGGGUGCUCCAUCCUGCAUAUGCCAGCCAGGAUAUCAUGGAGAGAGAUGCCAUGGCCUCUUGCUGCCUGUAGAGCAUCCCCCAAGCACGUAUGACCACACCACAGCGCUCGCUGUUGUUGCAGUGGUCCUGUCCUCGCUGUGCCUUGUCAUCAUCACAGCCUUGUUGAUGUUCAGGUGUCACAAGAGGGGUGUCUAUGAUGUAGAAAAUGAAGAAAAAAUAAAGCUGGGCAUCACUGUGAAUCACUGAAGAUGCCAGGUGCUGGUGAGGGCUUGGCACUGAUGCAGUUCUACCUCCUGGAAGAUGUGAGCCGCAGAGCUAGCCCCGUCCCUGGGACCCUGCAGCACAGCAGGACGGAGCCGCUUUGGGGCUUGCCAGGCAGCGGUGCCACUGCAGGGAGCUUCGGCGACCUCCAGGUGGAGGAGGCUGGGAGCAAUGCUCUCGGGCAGGCUCUGAGCAGAGCCGGCCGCGUGGGGCUCUCCAGCGACUUGGGGCCGCCCACCGCAGUGCAUGCAGGGGAACAAACUGUGAAAGGCUUGGAGAGCAGGCUCGAGGCUUCCGUAGGCACAGGAGGGGUGGGAGGGUAACAGCUAUUUAACAAGAGAAUGUUCCUUUUAAAUUAUAUAUUUAUUUUAGAUAAAUUGUACAUACUAUUUAUAUUUAUUGGAGGUCUGUCUCUGCACCCUUUGUGUAAGCCAAGAUGAUCCUUGCGUGGGUCAGACCUCCUUUAUUUUUUAAGUGCAAUGUAAUAUUCUAAUAAAUAACUUUGUAAC